AUGAGGAAUGUCCUGUCCACAGAAUUCCCCUGUGUGACUGCUGCAAAGUUGGAAUCCACUCUUGCCUCAGAUGAUGUCCUUGUUGGCUUCUUCAAUCAUUUUUUGAGUCUGCCCUGUUUCCCUGAGUCCCUGAGGUAUAACCAGGACACUGGACUUUUUGAGGAGGAUGGAGGACAGGCUCAGUCUGUGUCUCGUAACAUUCGCUUAAGUCAUGAAAGAGCCAGUGAGAACUUCAGCCGUUCUGCUAGCUGCUCGGAGCUGGCCUCUCCUUCCUCCCAUGAUCCUAGUCACAAUCAUUCAGAGCUUUCAGCCAACACUUUAGAAGAGUCAUGCGUCGAAGAAGCCACUAAAUCUGAGCUGGAGCUCCUGGCUGCCACUGUCGUCAAACAAGUGCUCCAUGCAGCCGAAAGAAUAAUGGGUGGACACAUGCUGGCAAAUACUUCUGCAUGUUUAACGAAGUCAGAGGAAGAGCUGAUAAAUUACUCCGGUGGUGCAGACUGUAUCACUGAGCGGAAAGUUCAGCCCGGUUCAGCUGCCAAACAACCAGCCCCACAGCAGAAGGACGACCUGAGCAGAAAGGCCAGUAAUGAGAUGGGAGCCGACCAGUGGAAGAAGGGGCGGGGCUCUGGUUGUCUUAGUAACUGUGGGAACAUUGGGAGAAGAUGGAGUUUGUUUAAGGAGUUCAUAAAAAAGACACCCGGAGAGGGACUGCUGCACCUGUGGAUGGAUAUAGAGAGGAUGAAGGCGACAGAGGUCUGGGAACGCAAAAACAGGUGCUUGUCCCUGAUGAGGAGCCGCUUCCUCAUGAGCAGCAGUCAGACCUGUUUGAGUGCAGAGCUGCUCCAUAGACUCGGCCUCAGCACCUCCACCUGCUGGACACUUGCGAAACUGCACUCAUUCUGUCCCAGCAGAGGACCCUUACUGGCCACUGCACAAAUGGAGAGGAUGAUCCAAGCUCUUUGUGUUGAAACCGGUGCUGGUUUAUACUUUACACACUUCUGUGAACAAUCAGGGAGUCAGCUAUGGGAGAAUGCGAUUUACUUUUGGAGCGACCUACAACACUACCAUGAGCUGUUUUACCAAGAGGGACUGGACCCGUACAGAGUUCAACUGGAAGCACAGCUGCUCUAUGGUACGUUCAUAUGCAGCUCAGCUCCGAGGGGCCUGGGCCUCCGCGACGCUGUGAGGAGGACAGUGUAUGAGCGACUGAUGCCUGCCUUUGAGGAGUUAUUUGACAACAUAGAAGAACAUGUCCUGAAUAUUCUCCUAGAGCCAUGGACACUACUGGUCCAUAGAGACGAGGAGUCCUAUCAGCAAGUCCCAGUGCAGCAGGAGACUCGCCGUGUUGAGAGUGCGGAGUUCAGAGAGCUGCAGAGUCUGCUCCAGGAACCGGGAGGCCGACACAAACAGGAGUCGUGUGAAUCCAUGGUUUCUUCAGAGUUUUCCUCCACCCUCAAAGUCCCACAGUUGUCCGAAUCCUGGUCCAAAGUUUCCUCAGAAUUCAAAGGCUACAGACUAGGUUCUCUGAUGCGGCACAAACACGAGAUCGGGCACUUCAUGAAGUUCCUCCAAACCCAGGACGCAAGUGUGCACCUGUCCUGUUGGCUGGACCUGGAGCAGUACCGCAGGAUUCCUGAGACAGACACAGCGCUCAGAGAAGAGAAGUCUUCUUACCUCGUCCACAGAUACCUCAACAAGAAGUACUUCUUUGGACCAGACAGUCCCGCCUCCAUCGACCAACAACAGGAGAUCUUGCAUUUGACUGGAGGCCCGGAGAGGUUAAAGCUGGACUGUCUAAUAAACUCAAUUGUCAAAGAAAUCCAAGACGUGGUCAGGAGCCACAUCGAGGACACAUGGCUUCCUCACUUCCUGUCUACGGCCGAGUUCACCGAGAGGCAGAAGAACAAACCAAAGCGUCACACUAGGAGCAGGUUCUCGGAGGAUCGCAGAGGACGACGUUACCGCAGGACGGAAGCGUGGCAGUGCGACGGCCUGUGGAUGAGCUCGUCCAAAGAGAUCCUGUCUUUUCGAAGGGUCCUUCUCGACCCCGGCUCCUGCCUGCAGUUCCAGCACUUCGUCUCCUUAAAGGGCGACUUCCUGGAGAACGAUGUGCUCUUCUGGCUGGAGGUGCAGAGAUACAAGGACCUGUGUCACUCUCACAGCGACAAGGCCACGAUCGAGAAGAAGAUCUCCACCAUCAUCAGCGUCUUCAUCAACUCCUCUGUUCCUCCAGCUCUGCAGAUCCACGUCCCAGAGGAGCAGGCUCAGUCCAUCCUGGAGAAGCGCUGCUCACUGGGGCCCUACAUCUUCAGAGAGGCCCAGUUGUCAGUGUUCAGCGAGCUGCUGAGAUACUGGCCCGAGUUUCAGGAUCUGAGGAACAAUGUGCGACAAGAACAACUGCAGCUGCUGCUGGAGCAGAAACGUCUGAAGCAUCGAGCGAGAGUCCGAAGACAGCGGCGCAAAGAAGACGAAGAAGAAGAGGAGGAGAGGAGGAGGAUGGCUCAGGAAGAACAGGGGAAGCACGAGUCCAGCUUCAGAGGCGAGGAUGAGGAGGAUGAAGACAAUUAUUCAGACGAAGAGAGAAAGGACCGCAGAGUGUCUCAAACCCAGAGCAGACUGCAGUUGACUCCAGCUCAGUCACUAACGUGGUCCUAUUCCAAAUACAUGGCCGCUCUGCAGAGGGAGGAGUUGCUGCGGCGGAGGAAGAGUCAGCUGGACGCCUCCUCCACAGUUUCAGACUCCUCCUCCUGUGGCGUGAGGUCAGUGGGGACCUUCCAGAGCCAAAAGCAGCGGUCACUCGUCUCCAGGACCAGCAGCCUCCAGAGGCAGAGACACAACAAGGGAGUGAAGACCAAAGAACGAUGGACGUGA